CCAUCCAGCAGUGCGUUGUGUACAGGAGGCAUCAUGAAGUGUCUUGUAGCUGUUUUGGUCUGUGUGGUGCUCGCAGAGGGAAUCGUCAAGAUCCCUCUGCAGAAGCACAAGUCCAUGCGUGAGGCCCUGAGGGACAAAGGGAUUGAGCUGCCUUACCAGGAUCCAGCUCUCAAGUACCAGGCUGAUGAGUUUGCUGGCUCUGCCAGCAUGUACAUCAAUAACUACGCCGAUACCACCUACUACGGCGCCAUCAGUAUUGGAACACCUCCCCAGUCCUUCCAAGUGUUGUUUGACACUGGCUCUGCCAACCUGUGGGUGGACUCUGUCUACUGCAACACCCAGGCCUGCAACACACACACAAAGUUCAACCCCCAGCAGUCCUCUACCUACUCUGGCAAGGGACAGACCUUCUACCUGCCCUAUGGAGCUGGAAGCCUCUAUGGGACCUUUGGAUACGACACCGUCAAUGUUGGCGGCAUUGUGAUCAAUAACCAGGAGAUUGGUCUGAGCACAAACGAGCCUGGUCAGAACUUUGUGGUGGCAAAGUUCGACGGCAUCCUCGGCCUGUCCUACCCGAGCAUAUCGGCCGGAGGAGAGACCCCCGUCAUGGACAACAUGAUCAGUCAAAACCUGCUGAGUGCCGACAUGUUCGCUUUCUACCUUUCCAGGGGAGGACAGCAGGGCAGUGUGCUGUCUUUCGGAGGAGUGGACAACAGCUUGUACCAGGGUCAGAUCUACUGGACCCCUGUGACCUCUCAGACCUACUGGCAGAUUGGCGUUAACGGAUUCCAGAUCAAUGGUCAAGAGACCGGCUGGUGCUCUCAGGGCUGCCAGUCCAUUGUGGACACGGGAACCUCCGCGCUCACCGCCCCAAGUCAGUUUCUGGGUUCCAUUAUGCAAGCCAUCGGAGCUCAACAGAACCAGUAUGGACAGUACAUGGUGGACUGCAGCCAGAUCAACAACCUGCCAACCUUCAGCUUUGUUAUCAGCGGUGUGUCUUUGCCUCUGCCUCCCUCUGCUUACAUCACUCAGACCAACCAGAACGGAUACCAGUACUGCUCAGUGGACAUCUCCCCCACCUACCUUCCCUCUCAAGAUGGCCAGCCCCUGUGGAUCAUGGGAGAUGUGUUCCUUAGAGAGUACUACUCCGUCUACGACCGCAGCAACAACCGCCUGGGCUUUGCUGCAGCUGUCUAAGGGUCCUCAGCGUAACCUGACUGUUGACCUUAUCAGAAAAUAAUGAUUUAGUCCCCUUUAAACACUGCCUAAUCAUGAUCUUAAACAUAUUUUCUGGUAGAAAUUUAUAAGCAAUAUUGGUCUAAAUGUCUUUUAUUGUCCAUUCUCAAAUUGAAAGGUGUUGGAUUUGUAUAUUUAAAUUGCAUCACACUCAAGCAGAAUAAAAGGUUUUAACGCAAAUA